AUGCUCAAAAAGGCCAAAAGAAAAGAAAAGGAUGUUUUUGGUGAUGUCAAUCUUUUUGGUGAAUCAAUUCAUGAAUUUGAAGGUGAUGAUGUUGAAGAUGUUUCCGAUCAAGUUAGCAAAAGAAUUCCUUGUGUGGGUGCAAAUUCUAAAGGGAAAAGAAAGGCCUCUUGUAGUAUUGAAUCAUAUUUCAAGAAUGGAAUUGCGGAUCCUACCCAACCUAGCAUAAAGGCUUCCUUGCAAAGUAAGGAGAAAUGGCAUGAUACGGAUAUGUCCAUUGCUAUGUGGUUUUAUCAUGCUUGUAUUCCAUUGAAUGCCAUUAAUUCUCCAUUUUUCCAAGUUGCAAUUAGCAAGAUAGCAAGUAUGGGCCAUGGAUAUAUUAGUCCUAGUUAUCAUGCACUAAGGGUUAAUUUAUUAAGAGAUUGCAAGCAACAAGUGAAGCUAAUUAUUGAUACUUUUCAAAGAACUUGGGCUGAAACAGGAUGCACUAUCAUGGGUGAUGGAUGGACAGAUAAUAGACAAAGAUCUUUGAUCAAUUUCUUGGUGUACUCUCCUAAGGGGAUUUCAUUUAUUAAGUCAGUUGAUGCUUCAAGCUUUAUUACAAAUGCCGAGACAUUAUGCAAUCUUUUUUCUGAUAUUAUUGAAAUGGUUGGGCCUAAAAAUGUUGUUCAUAUGGUGACAGAUAAUGGAGCAAAUUAUAAGGCUGCUGGAAGGAAAAUUAGAGAGAAAUAUGUUGACAUUUAUUGGUCUCCAUGUGCUGCUCAUUCAAUAAAUUUGAUAAUGAAAGACAUUGCCGAAAUGCCAACAGUUCAUAGUUUGGCAAUUCUUGCUUCAAAGAUAACGGUAUUUGUCUAUAAUCAUAAGUGGGUUUUGAAUUGGUUGAGAACGCAACCAAAAUGGACAAAAAUUAUCCAUCCUGGAGCUACUCGGUUUGCUACUACUUUUAUUGCAUUGAAGAGCUUGCAUGACCACAAAGAUUACUUACAAUCUUUGGUCGUAUCUUCUGACUUUAAAAAGCUUCUCAAUGUUCCAAAAGGGAGAGAAGUUAAGCAAAUUGUUUUGGAUGAAAAUUUUUGGAGAAAUUGCUUGAUAAUGGUGAAGAUAAUGGGUCCUCUAAUUCGUUUAUUACGGAUUUGUGAUUCUGAUGAAAAACCGGCAAUGGGUUAUGUGUAUGACGGCAUAUAUAGGGCCCGGAAAGGCAUCAAGGAAUUAUUUAAAGGAAAAAAACACUUGUACAAGCCCUACACUUCCAUUAUCAAAGAACGGUGGCAUAGAACUCUACGAACGGGUAUUCAUGUCUUGGCAUAUUGGUUGAAUCCGGCAUUUCAAUUUCAUGAGCACAACUUGUGCCAAAAAUUAGAAGUUCAACGGGGCAUACUUGAUGUGAUUGAGCAACAAACAUUGUUUAAAGCAAGUGACUUAAUGGAAGAGAUGAAAAUAUUUAGGGAAAGGCAAAAAACUUUUACUCGACCACUUGCUUUAAGCACUAGCAAGACUACAACUCCCGAUGAAUGGUGGAAAUUCUUUUGGUUGUGA